UUAUUCAUCACAUUAUAGCACUAGUAGUACUAAAGAAACAUAUAAUAAAAUGAAAAUGGGUAGAGCCAUUGCCCUCCUCUUUGUGGUUGUGAUAUCUCCAGCGGCGACGCAGCGCCCGACACCGGACCAGCCGGUGUCGCACUUCGUCGGCGACGGUGACGGCUGGAAUACCGGUGUCAACUACGUCAAGUGGUCAAAGGACCAAAUUUUUUAUGUUGGUGACUCCCUUGUGUUCAAAUUCUGGGCCAUUACCCAUGCUGUGGACGAAGUAAGGGCAAAUGACUACAAAAACUGCAACACUGACAACAUCAUCAGCUCCGACCAAACCAGCCCCACCAACUUCUCCCUCGUCAUCCCCGGCAUCCGCUACUUCAUCUGCCCCAAGUCCGACCACUGCAGCCAGGGGAUGAAACUAGCCAUCAACGUCGUCGAUGCCAACACCACCAAAGGCAGUGCCGCCGCUAGAGUUGGCGGCGGGAAGAGCUUCAUGCUUGCUUUGUCGAUUGUUGUUGGAGCCAUGUUGGGAGUCAUGACCUAAGGCACUGCACUUUAAUUUGUUGUUGACCUUUUAUUUUAGUAGUACUAUGAAGUCUAUAACUAUGCUUGCAUGAAUGAUGUGUGCUGAGAUUGUGUGACACUCUUUGUUCCUUUUUUUUUAUUUAAUAGUAGUAUUAUUUGCUUCUAAAAAGAGACCAUGUUUUUUAUAAUUUCCCUUUGAAGUUGAUGUUAGUUUGAACUUUUUAAGUGGGAGUAGUAGUAAACACAUAUUUCAAAUUGAUUAGAAAGGGUCAAAUGUGUUGCCUUCUUCUAGUUGUGCAGAAUUUGUGGACCACCCAGUCACACACAUAUUUAGAUAUUGAUUUUACAUGUAAGUUUAACUAUUACUCCUACUUCAAAAGUAAUUCAAUUAUUAAAUCCUCAAACUUUUGCUGUCUCAUUA